AUGGCACGCGUGACUCUCCUCGACCCUCCGCCACAGGACCAUUCCAAGGCACCCAUCGAGAAUGUGCUUGACUUGACACCAGUGGUGGACCUCGGCCCCGAUGUUUUCACCAACACCCGCCCCCUCUGGCAUCCUCCGGGCGCCCGCGGCAUCUACGGCGGCGCCGCCAUUGCCCAGUCCCUAUCGGCCGCCAUGCGAACUGUCCCCGCGGAUUUCGCCGUCCACAGCAUGCACUGCUACUUCGUCCUUGCGGGGGACUCUGAAAUCCCGAUUCUGUACCAUGUGGAGCGAGUGCGCGACGGACGAAGCUUCAUCACUCGGACGGUGCAGGCGCGGCAACGGGGCCGCCCGAUCUUUACCACCACGCUCAGUUUCAGCCGGGUAGGCAGUGGUGGCGAGAAGACCAUUUCACACGCCGUCCCUAUGCCCGACGUGUCUCUUCCAGAGGAUGCGCUGCCCGGCACCGUGAAGGCUUUGGACAACGCGGGCGAUGGCCCAUUCGAGUCCAGGAAGGCGGGCAUCGUCAACCGCAAUUCCACCAACCCGGAGGAUAAGAAGGUGCGGCGAUUUGUGCGAUCGCGCGGUCACAUCUCCGAGGAAGGGGGCUUCCAGGCCCAUUUGUCGGCCCUUGCCUACGUGACGGACAGUUACUUCAUCGGCACCGUCGCCCGUGUGCACGACAUUCCCCGAUUCUCGUCCCCGGCAGAACUUCAGAAGCUCCUCAAGGCCCUGAAGAACCCCUCUGAUCUCGACGAUGAGGAUAUUAAGAGGGCCCUGAAGGAGCUGAAGGAAGAGGAGGCGGCCGACCUGCGACGCCGACUGGAGGGGGCGCUGGAUCAUGCCACCAAUGGCAAGGCAAAGGAUCGUAAGGAAGUUGGCAUGAUGGUCAGUCUGGACCACUCCAUCUAUUUCCAUAACCCGCGCGCUUUCCGCGCCGACGAGUGGAUGUUGAUUGAGAUGGAGAGCCCGUGGGCGGGAGAAGGACGAGGACUGGCUAUUCAGAAGAUCUGGUCGCAGGAUGGGACAUUGAUCGCCACCUGCACUCAAGAGGGCGUGGUCCGGUUAAAGCAGGAUAAGCCACCAUUGGCAAAGAUCUGA